CGUCACUGAAUGUCAUCAAGAUGCGUUCACAAGUGGUAAAAGUUUUAUUAGCCGGUCGGUUACCGUACGGGGUUGGUCUACGAUUGCAGAAGGCUUUAGCAAAUCGGCAUCAUCAGCACACGGACGAAACUGCAAAUACUCUAGUGCUCUUGGAGCACGAGCCGGUGUACACGGUAGGGAUACGGGACAAGAGGUACACCGAGAAAGAUGAGAGCAAACUGAGGAGCUUCGGCGCGGAGUUUUGGAGGACGAAUCGCGGCGGUUUAAUCACCUUCCACGGGCCCGGUCAAUUGGUGGCUUAUCCGGUGCUAGAUCUGAAGCAAUUUCACACAAGCAUUAGAUGGUACGUGCAACAGGUAGAACGUAUGGUGAUUCGCGUCUGCGCCGAGUUUGGUAUCAAGGCCGAGACUUCGCCAGAUACUGGAGUUUGGGUUGGCGAUCGCAAGAUCUGUGCUAUAGGUAUUCAUGGUAGUCGUUAUAUCACUACCCACGGUCUCGCACUCAAUUGCAACACCGAUCUCAAAUGGUUCGAUCAUAUCGUGCCCUGCGGCAUCGAGGGCAAAGGUGUGACUAGUAUCUCUAGAGAACUGGACAUGAACGUUACGUUCCUUGACGUGUUGCCGAUUUUUAGGAACGCUUUCAGCGAUCAGUUCGAGUGCGAGUUGAUCGAGUAUCCGCUCGGUGAGGCCUCGCAAUUGUUACGAGAUGCACGUCGUAGCACGUAGCGUUUUAAGAAUAUAAUAGUUGUAAAUAUAAUGUGAUUUUUAAAAAAUAAUUAGCUUGUGAGUUUAACAGAAAAUGUGCCUCGUUUUUUAUCUGUUUAA